UAAGCCGCCAUUUUGGGGCAAAACUCAUAGAAUCCAUACAGUAGCUUUUAUUGUUUUCUGGUUUAAUAAUAAUUUCAAUGCUGCUUUCAUCUACAGUAGUUUUUUUUUUAAUUUGUCAUUUGAGCAGAGCUUAAACCACGGUAUUGUUACUCUAUAUACGUUCUACUGAAAAUGACCAAAUAUCCGAUGCCGUACCUUGUAUAGUUUUGUUUGAACAUGCGUAGAUCUAUGUGAUGCCAAAGUAAGCAGUUAGCAGUUGACAAAAAGCAGUUAGCAGUUGACAGUUAGCAGUUGGUUAACGUAGACCUAUACGGAAUUCAGCAAUAUAUAGAUAAACCUUAAAGGCUUUUCCAAAUGUAUUUUCCAUCUGAAAAAAAAUAGUUAUGAAAAAAAUUGGAAUGUCCUAACCAUGCUAACGCAGUGCCUUAUUUUGAUUAUGUCAUUAGUAUUGUGACGUCACGUUUCGUAGUAGACCGUCGUUGUGUUGUGGUUACGAUUCAUUUCAACGGCUUUAGUCGAAGACGUCGGACGCAUUUUUUUACGCUCCCGAUUUUUUGCAAACUUUACUGCAUUUAGCAGAGAAAUGGCGACGAAGAUGCACGGCAAUAAAGAUAAGAGGAAGUUUGGUGAUCCAGACGAGACAACCCUCAGAACCAGAGCAUCGCCAUCUUUGGCGUCUCACAAGAAAUUGGAUGGUCCAGAGGGGAACUCACAGGGAACCAGAAAACCCCCCCUCUGCGCCCCUGAUGAGGCUGUACCCGUAAAGAGAAAGCGGUCCUGGCGAUACAACCGUGUCUGGACAAAGGACCAGAAGUGGACACGAGAGGGACUCGAUACCAGCGUACAACAGAGGGUGCCACCCCCCUCCAACAAGGAUCAACCCGCCACACGGAACGCUGAUGAAUCAGGCAAGGCCUUGUCAGAGACCAGAAGCUCGCCAUCCAGGGAAACUGAUGAGGUCGUACCCAAACGGAGGAGAAUAACCUGGAGAUACAACAGAGUCUGGCGGAGGGACCAGAAAUGGUCAAGAGAGGAGCAGACCCAGCAGCCGAGGGUACCACCCACCACCCAGGUGACCAUUGAGGGACCCACCAAGGUGCCUCCUGUCCCAGAACUCAAACAGGAGCAGACCCAGCAGCCAAGGGUACCACCCACCACCCAGAUGACCAGUGACGGACCCACCAAGGUGCCACCUGUCCCAGAACCCAAACAGCCUGAGCCCCCGAAGUUCCUGAGGACCUACUGGAGAACCAACCGGGUGUGGAGACGGGACAUGGUGUGGACCAGAAAGGUAAACAGGGUACAACUGUUCUCUGUCAUAUUGGUAACAAUUUAUCAGGCUAGCUAUACAGUCCAAAUGUGGCAGUAUUAUACCCAUAAUUCUCUGCAACACCAGACCAUUCGUCAUGUUUUACUGAUCGCGACUAUCACUUUCGUGUAUGGAGUAAUUUCUGAGCAGCAAGUUUGAGUCUGUUUUCGACCUCAAGCUGUUUGAAUAUUUUGAAAUUCGGGACAUGGAAAGCAGACUGUGUGUUUUGACUGGUUGGAGUAAGAUCACAGAGGGGAUCCAAGAGAGCUUGUUCAGGUACCACAUUACACAAGGUCCAGCUCCACAGCCCUAGAAGAACUAAUUUUGGACAGGAGAGACAUUCAUAUUAGCUUGGUAUCAUGGAACCCAGGAGGUCAACUGUGCAGUGGUACUGAGGCAGGACUAGGUUGAGGCAUGCCAUAUACUGAACUAAUGUGCAUUUAGCUAUAAAAUCAAAUACACUUUGUGAAAAAACCAGAAGAAUAUUGUCCAAUUUUAAUAAGAGUAGAUACAUGAUGUAGUUUAAUUACUAAGCUGCAUAUACUUCUUUUGAUUGGUAUUUCAGACUUCAAAAAAUAGUGUUAAAAUGCCGCUAAAAUUGAAUUUCUUUGAAUUAUUUUUCUCUCCUACAGUGUGGUCUGAAGUAACACUUUGUACACAAGUAGAUACACUAUUUGUUGUUUUUUUUUAUUUUGACAAAUUGUGCUGUUGAGGAUAUAAAUAUGGAAAUAAUGUUCAAUUCUUUUUUUUUUACCAAAAAAUUAUUUCUCUUACAGUUUCAAACCAAUUUCAAUAAGAAUUUGGAGAGUAGACCACGUUAAAACACAUAAUACUGUAUAUUGUUUUUUGACUGUGACAAAUGGUGUUACCAUGGUUUACUAAAAUUUAAUAUACAUAGGUAAUUUUCAAUCAGAAUUCAUUUUCAAUAAGUCUUGAUAUAUGCAAGUAGACUGUACUUUAUAAUAAGAAAAAUAAUGCAUAGCUUAUUUUAUUUCAACAAUCGAUGUUGCCAUGUGGUGCAUAUACUUACAUAUGUAUAUUAAAUGGAUUUUUCGUGGAAAAUCUUUUUUUACUGUUUUGGUUGGAUGUUAUUAGACAUGAUAAAUAUGUAGACUAUACUACUUGAUGCAAAUAGAGCUUUAGCUAGGUAUUUGUGGAUAAAUUUGAAAUUGAAACUGUCUAAAGUAUCUCUUUUUGAUUUUGAAGACUGAGCUGAAAUAUCCAUAGAGAAGUUCUGACUUAGCUGUAAAUUUCUGUGACUUGAAUCCAAAUAUUGUCAUAGAAUGAGAAAUUUAAGAUACUUAAAUAGCUGUCAAUAAAGUCCCAUUGGCCAUUUGCUUAGAUAAAAAUAUAUUCACAAUUAUAUAAAUAAAAAAAAACAUAGACAAUGAUAGAUUACAGAGCUAACCUCAAUAAAUAUUGUCUUUAAGUAGGGCAAAGUCCCACAUUAAAUUAACAAUCUAGAAGUUUACAUCCCAAAAUGCACAAUUUGCACAAUUUUGAUCUGAUAGGUCUUGCAGUGGCCUGGUAAUACAAAUCAUUUUUGCUUAUCCAAGAACUUUAAACUAUAGUCACCCAUCAAGAAAAUGUAAUUCAAAUCCAGCAUCUGAAGCAAGUUUGGGAGUAUUCAUUCCUUGAUGCAUCAUUCAUGCAAGUUUGGUUUAGAUAGGCCUUUUCGUUUCUUCAUUUAAUAGACCUGCACCCAUAUAAUUUUAACCUGGUCCAUUAUCUGGAAUAUAAUGCCAGAUCCAGCAUCCGAAGCAAGUCAAUUAGUGUGCAUCCUUAGAUGUAUCAUCCAUGCAAGUUUGGUCAACAUUGAGCUAAUACCUUCUAUAGAAAAAACCUGCUCCAAACUUUAACCUGUUUGUACAUACAGAAAAUGUAGGUCAGAUUCAGGGUCUG